CCACGCCCACUUGAUUAAUUGCUUGUAGGGCUACCACCAUCGCUUCAACAAUCAACAUACUAUGCCAUCUUUAUGAGUCUCUGGAAGAAAUUUUCAGCCGUUUUGGGCCUCGUCUGUCUUGUACAGACCCUAUGGCUACUCUCAACCAGCGACAGAGGAGAUUACGAAGAAGGAGCAGCCGGGAAAAGCACCCAAACUCCACGAGACUCUGUCCCUCCCUCUUUUAACAUGACCCUCUGGCGUUAUUAUCAACAAAUUUUAAUACCACCUACUACUGACGUGACUAAUGAGAGACUCACGAUACUAAUGCCUACUUAUAAAAGAGCUGACAUCCUUCCAUCUGUCAUUAAGCACUAUUGUUCAAUGGGGGAUAGUGUUGAGAAGAUUUUGGUGAUUUGGAAUGAUGUGGAGACACCCAUUCCACCGUCUCUUCACUCGCUGAGGUGCGAUAUUGAUGUUUUAUUUAUUGUCUCGAAGGAGAAUAAAUUAACUAAUCGGUUCAUGCCAAGAGAUGAAAUUGAAACCAAAGGUGUACUGGUAGUGGACGAUGACAGACUAAUAUCGGGUGAUGAUGUACAGUUCGGUUUCCAAAUAUGGAAACAAUUUCGUCACAGGAUCAUUGGAUUCGAGCACAGGAUGCACACGCUCAACCAACAUGGCGACUACCAUUACGGUCCCUACCCCAAAGCUGGGCAAACUCCAGAAAAGCUCGGCUACUCCAUGUUAAUUUCAGCUUCUUUUAUUCUACACAGAGUGUACUUGGAGCUAUUUCAUUCAUCUUAUCUCCCCGGGGAGAUUAUGACUUACAUCAAUAGAGAAAUGAAUUGUGAAGAUGUUGCAAUGUGUAUACUAGUGGCACAGUUUCUGCGUGACGUAGCUUGGCCUCAGAGUUCUGUGAUAUCCGUGAAACCUAGGGUACCGCUGAAAAACCUUGAGGCAACGACAGGUGGUGGUCACAGAGGGCUGUCUAAUCAGCUCAAGCACUACAACAAGAGGUCAGAGUGUCUCAAUAAGUUUGCAGCUGCUUAUGGCGGUCGGCUUCCCCUCCAAUACAUAACUGGGAGGAUGUACAGAGAGCCUAUUAAACCGUGGUACAACUUCAAACUUCAACAAAUAUAGAUUAUAAUUUAUCAUUAAAAUUUUAAAUCGUCAUUAAUAUACAUGCAAUUCUGUAUUAUUAUUAUUAUGUAUUAUUAUUAAUAUCUCUUAUCUGGCAUACAUUAGUCUUUUUUACAA